GAGUCUUCCUCGCAUCGACGCGCAGUUUGCGACCUCGGGCCCGAUAGAAGUGAUCGUUGACACCGUUCUGCCGGAGGUAUUUUGCGUCGUUCGACGUUGUGCGCGUGUGAAUCAGAAAACCGUGGAAUGAUAACUGGACGUACGAAUUGUCAUCGUGAUUCCGUCGUGAUUUCGCCGCGCGGUGAUUGACAUGUCGUCGGGUUCAGCGUCGACACGUGCGGUCCGUCGAAUGUUGCGCGUCGUCAAGUGAGCGAACAAUAAACCCGGAAGAAUGAAAGAGACAAUACGCGACGGCUUCCUCGUCGCCGCGGUCGUCCUGUGCUCCUGGCUGACUGGACGUGCCGCAGCCUCGUAUUGUUAUCCGGACUACUGUCAGAACAUGACUUACCUGGUUCCAACACCUGGUUUCCAAUGUAUACUGACGCCAGUACAAAGGGGCGAAGUCGUACAAUUUUUUCAGGUUGUGCAAAGCUAAAACUUGAGGAUGUCGGAAAACCGUCCAAGCGCGACAUCGACGUCGCAAUUUUCACAUUGUACGCGUACGUGACGAACGUUAGCAGCAGCGAAAAAACGACUGCGUUCAACCUAUCGGUUUCGGACAUCAAUUUUCAUAGGUUAAUCACACGUUAUCAAAACGUCGAUGAUAACGACGAGAACGCGUGCAGGCACGUAGAGUUUUACGGAAACGCCAGCCACCCUGCUCCCAAAGACUUGUACGUGUCGUGCCCGUUCUCCGGCACCGAAUACGAGGGAGCCCCGUACCGCUUGGAAUACCUUGCGAUCGGAAAGAAUUACGCGUACAACAGGGAGUACGUGUUUCAAGUACCGCGGCAUGAACUUAUCGAGGACGGCAUCCAGGUCGAGACGUUCACGCCCUUCAUAUACAUUGACGUGUCGGACCCGCCGAUUCUGGCACUGCACGUACAACCGCUUCCGUCGACGUACAACGUGACGAAGUACAAGGCGUGGCUGAUUAGGAACGACACAGGCUCGACGAUCGUCAGCACGACGGUCCUCGCGAAUGGGAACGACGGGCACGUGAUACGGCACAAUUUCUCGGUCCCGGAAGGCGUCUAUCGCGUCCGAGUCGCGGCCCUGCAUCCUGACUGCGGCGAGGACGGAUGUGCGAACAGCACGUCGCCCUACAUACACAUAAAACACGCCUCCGACCGACUGCUGAUUAUGAUAAUUAGCUUGAUAUGGAUACCACCUGUACUGUUGUACGCGGUGUACAACGUGUUUAAGCUGUACAGAAAGUGGGUUUUAAAGAGAUUGGCGAUAAGGCCAAACUGCUUAUUGGUGUACUCACCGACACAUCCGUCGCACGUGAACGUGAUGGCGGAAUUCGCAAAGUAUCUGCGAUACUGUAAUAUCAACGCCAUGAUCGACAUGUUUGAUAUUGCAGAAACCGCCAGCAAAGACCCAGGACUCUGGUGCAACACGGCGUUUCAGACCGCGGACGUCGUGCUGGUUGUGACGUCGCCGCCGACGUCUGCGAAUUCCGACGCGACAAUCAUUUAUCGAAAUGUAGACAACCACCUGUUGCGACUGCUGAAGGAGAACUAUCCGCGUAGAAAUAAGAGAUAUUACGCGGUAUACUUGCCGUACUGCAAGCCGGAUCAUAUACCAGAGGAGGCGCGGGUUUUCAAGAAGUUCCGCAUACCCGAAGACCUUACCAGGCUCGUGAAAAUGAUCCAUGGUAUUGCCUGUCUGCGAUUCUUCACGUCGUCGAACCACGAGCUGCUGGAGAGCAUCAGAUUCGCUACGGCAAAGAUAUCCGAAGAUGAGGCCACCAGUGCGAUUGUGAAGAACACCGAGGAGACCGACGAUCUGUUACCACCAAUCGUCGUACAAGAGACUGCAAAUUGCGAUGCUGAUCGAUCCACCGAAGUGCGUAGGCCCGAUUCGCCAGACAGCGAUGUCAUGCUUCAAUCUUUCACGACACGUAUUGACGAACUGAAUUUACUUGGAGAGAUUGACGAAGAAAAGUCCUUUGUCAAUAAUUCCGCGAGGAAUAAUUGCGAAUUUCGCAUAGAUAAGCUGAACUUGUGAUUUUUUUAUAUGUAUGAAUAGCAUGUAGGAGAUUAUUUUCUUAUCAUUUUAUUAUCAAUUGAUUUUAUAUGUGAUUGUAGUUGAUUAGAAUAAAAGAGUAAUUUUCCACAAA